AUGGAAGACGAAUCGGCAAAAGUCAUCGGCACCCUCAAUGAGGCUCGUGCCUACGGGCUCGCCAAUCGUGAAUCGCUUCCUCAGGUUGUCAAGCAAAUCCUCAAUUUCAUCUCAAACCCAAAUCAAUCAGUUCAAGCGUGGUGUGCCAAGUUUCUCCGGGAAGUGUUCAUGGAGCCUUCUGCUUCCAUUCUGCCUGCUGUUAAAACGGACUUAGCGUUGGAUGCUUUGCCGUUCAUGGUUACGCUUGCAAACAUCAAGGAUUUGGAGGCAUUCAAAGAUGCUAUAGAUGUCAGUGUUUUAGUCUAUAAACUAGCGUUUAGAUUUGUAGCAGAGAAUGACGGCGUUAACGCGAGCUCGAUUUGGCUGCAUCUCGUGGAAUUGAGAAACUCAAUGGUCGCCAAGUUUGACUCUCAGUUCCCCUUUGAGCUGUCGUUCGAUCUGGAAAAGGAUAGUCUACGCAAUGUUCACGCCAAAGUGGAGCUUUUGAAGUUCAUCAUGACCGUAAUCGAUUAUCAGCUGCGUUCGUCAUCUAGCAAAUACUUUCUGAUUGCAAGAGUAAGCUCAGAACAUUCACAGAUGAAGAUCUCGCUUAUGGAAACAGAGGCAGCUGCCUUGCUUGAUGUAGUGCUCAAGCCGCUCCAGAAUGACAUCUUGGUCACACCCUUGGUCACUGCUACGCUUAAUCAUCUCAGUACCAUUGUCCGUCGUAAACGUCAGUUCAUGGACCGUAUUUUGCCCUUGUUGGAGUCUUUUGACACAGAGACCAAACUUCAGUCGAAUUACGAAUCGAUCGAGACAUUCAAGCUAUCUAAGAAAUACGUUGAUAGAACUCUUCGAGUCUUACUCAACUACAUGUCUAAGUCCCAAGUGAUACCGCCUCCGUUUACCAACUCCAUAAAUCGUAAAAUUGCAUUGCUUACGAGUCGAGGAGACGAUAUCAGAAAGAAAAAUAUCCUUCAGCAGGGCCCUGCCGACCAAAAAAUCCAAAAAAGACCUUUUGAGGGUUUUCAGAACGGUGAGAAGAAGCUUAAAUCUCUAGAUUAUAAGAACUUAUAUGCAUUGACUGACUCUAGCUCUGACUUGUCUAGCUUUGAUGUCUCUAACUUACCUCAAAACAUUCUUGUGUCAAUGACCCUCAAUGCUCUUAAUCGCGCGUCCAGCGUGAAGCUCAGCAAGGCGCUAGACAUUAUUGCAACUCGUUAUGAGGGCGCUGUGAAAGAUUUAUCUCUAGUAGAUACGGCCAAGGUCAAAAAGUUCGAAGAUGAAGAAGAAGAAGAUGGAGCAGAUGCAAAUGGUUUUGAGGAUGAAAUCAAAUAUACUCUUCCACCGCCCAAAUUGCUCAGCAAAGAUGAGAAAAAACAGCAAUUGAAUCUCAUUGUAAAUAAUUUUAUCGACCUUGCCAACAAGGGUGGUAAACCUGAGGACAUAGCAGAAGCACCAAGCAGUUCGGGAGUGAGCAGCGAGCUAACAAAAGUUGUUGUUAACUCAUGGCAGCCUGAUACAUGGUCUAUCUUGCUUACCAGACUAGCCACAAGGGGUAUGCGUACAAUUCUGGAAAGCGAAGAUACUUCUGAGUUGAGCGAUAUUAUUCGGAAAGCUCUUCUUGACUACUUUUUGGCCAGCAUUCAUGAUAGAGUAGAUGUGGCCAUUGAGUGGCUCAAUGAAGAGUGGUAUAGCGAGUCAGUGACAAACGAGCAAAAGAAAAAGGACGAAGUCACAGAGAAAUGGUAUAAGAAAUACGCCGAAGAUCCAAAUGAAGAUGGAAACAUGGAGGAAAACAUCCGGAAAGAGAUGGAUUCAAUUACCGUCGAGACACCAACAUACAACAAAUGGGCACAGCAAUUGUUGGAUGCAUUAAUUCCAUUUUUGGAGCCCACAGACAGAAAGAUUUUCCUUCGAAUGAUGUCUGACUUGCCAGCAUUGACCAAGAGCAUGGUUCUGGGAAUCAAAUCCUUGUGUGCGGAUCCCGCGAGAUCAAAGCUUGGAUUCUUGUCCCUUCAGUAUCUCAUCAUGUAUCGCCCGCCAGUGAAGGAUUACUGUCUCGACGUGUUGAGGGAGAUGGCCACAGGAGACCAAGAGGAUCUCAAGGAGGAGGCCGAAAAGCUUUUACAGAAGUAUCAGUGA